GACAAGCAAUGCCGCAAGCACGGACGAUGGCUGCACGCUUGGGAGCGCAGGUGUCGCCUGUUGGCUCUGGUCGUCCUCAUCUCACUAGGGGUGAUAACUUUGCUGCAAUCGCUGCAGACAACUCCUAGCAUACAUGAUAUACCACUUUCAAUCCGCGGACACAAACUUCGAGGUUCUUCUGGAGCGAAACACCAUCCAGCCCAGUCAAUUCGUAUCAAGAAGGUAUCGGCACUUUUCGGCGAACCGAAUUAUCUCUAUGAAGCUGCUCUUGCGACCCACGAACGACACAAUGCCCUGCAUGGGUACAAGAUGCAGGUGUUGCGAGAACGUAUCCAUGCAAGCUUUUUGGCCAAGCCGGCGUAUCUCAUGUCUGUUCUCGUGGAAGAGUUGGCCAAGCCGUGGGAUGAGCGAAUGCAGUGGCUGGCCCAGCNNUGGGUUGAUCCGGAUACGCUUGUAUUGAAUCAGCAAAUUCCACUGGAGCUGUUCAUGCCUCCUCCUGAUGAGGAAAUCAACUUGAUCGCAACUCAUGACGACGAUGGCUACUUCAAUGGCGGUGUCUUCUUCCUGAAGGUCGACAGCUGGUCUCUGGAGUUUUUGGUACAAGUGCUUGCAGUGCCUCUGACAGACAGAAAGCAUCACGUCUCCUUGAACAAGGACCACGCGGCGCUCGAACAAAUCAUGGAGAGUCAGAGAUUCCGCAGCGGAGUAACUUAUCAGCCUCGGCUCUGGUUCAAUGCCUUCGAUUACAACAAGACGUACGAAGGCGAAUCUGGGAACCUGAUGGUGCACCUUCUUGACCUUGGUGGAGACAAAUGGGCUAGGAUGGACAAGUAUUUGGGCAACGUGACGAGCAAGAUCAAUCCUCACGAAGUACCGCUGGACCAGACGAAGUAUGAGAAGCAAGUGCAAGGUUUCUGGAAAAGAAUGGCAGAUUCACGCAAGAUUCUCAAGGAAGCGAAGGCAAAGGAAAAGGGUCACGAUGAGAUCAAGGAGGCAGCGAGAAGAUUGAAAUUUGCGUUGGACUUCGAGACGGACAAUGAGGUGGUGAUCAGAGGAGCAUACGAUUCGCUGUUAAAGGCAUUGUACGAGAACAAGUAA